UCCUUUUUAUAAACACUCUUGCAUUGAUCCAAGGAUUUCUGCUAAGAAAAUGUCUGGUGAACAAAAUCUCCCAUCUAACCCCAUAUUGCUAGACUCUUCCUUUACCAACAAAGAAGAAACCCAUCCCAGAACUGCCAAUUACAAGCCAACCAUUUGGAAAUAUGAUUUCAUAGUAGAGUCUCUUACGAGUAAAUAUGUUGACGUGAAAUACCAAAGAAGAGCUGAGAAGCUGAAAGAGGAAGUGUCGUGCCUUUUCGACAAAACGGUGGAUGCAUUAGCUAAACUUGAGCUAAUAGACAACAUAGGGAAGAUGGGUCUUUCCCAUCACUUUGAGAAGGAAAUCAUCCAAUCUCUGGACCACAUUUUACUCUCUGUUAAUAACAACAAAUGUUUUACCUCUCAAAUGGAUCUCUAUGCCACUGCCUUGUCUUUUAGGAUUCUAAGACAAUAUGGGAAUCAUGUUUCUCAAGAUGUAUUUUUGACUUUUAUGGAUGAUGUGGGAGAGUUCACAAUAGAAGAAGAAGGCCCCAAAGCAAUUCUUGAACUUUUCGAAGCCUCUCAUUUGGCCUUAGAGGGAGAAGACAUAUUGUACAAGGCUCGAAUUUAUUGCACGGAGAUCCUCAAGAAUCUAACUUCAGAAGAUUCAGAUAAUCGUUUGGUUGGUUCUUUACUACUCCCUUCGCAUUUGACAGCAAAUUGGUACAACGUAAGAAGAGAAAUUUUGCAACGUGAAAAUGAAUCAAUGUCAAAUUCUCAGCUUCUUCAUUUGGCAAAAUUGAACUUCAAUAUUGUGCAAGUUGAACACCAAAAGAACCUUGUGGAAAUCUUAAGAUGGUGGAGAAAUCUUGGACUGAUAGAAAAUAUGAGUUUCACAAGAAAUCGAGUGGUUGAAAGCUUCUUGUGGUCUGUAGGGGUGGCAUUUGAACCUCAAUAUGGAAACUUCAGGAAGUGGUUGACCAAGGCCAUAAAAUUGGUUCUAAUAGUUGACGAUGUUUAUGACAUCUUUGGGUCAUUACAAGAAUUGGAAAUCUUCACGACUGCCGUUGAAAUGUGGGACCCUAGUGGAAUUGAGGAUUUACCAGAAUGCAUGAAAAUUUGCUUUUGGGCUCUUUAUGAUAUCACUAAUGACACUGCUCGUCAAAUCCAUGAACAGAAGGGUUGGGACUGUGCGUUACCAUAUUUACAAAAAGGGUGGGCAGAUUUUUGCAAAGCUUUACUAGUGGAAGCAAAGUGGGAUUCAAUAGGCUACACUCCAACAUUGUGGGAGUACCUAGACAAUGCAUGGAUAUCAUCAUCAGGCAGUGUGCUUUCACUUCAUAUACUUCUAGGAGUAGCUCAAGAUUUCUCAGAUAUCAUCCACUUUCUCAAAAAUAAUAAAGAUCUCAUCUAUUAUUCGUCUCUUAUAAUUAGAUUGUGCAAUGAUCAAGGCACUUCAGCAGCGGAACUGGAAAGAGGUGAUGCACCUUCGUCGAUAUUAUGCUACAUGAAAGAGACAGGUGUAACAGAAGAAGUGGCCCGCGAGCACAUUAGAAAUGUGGUUCAUGAAACAUGGACAAAAAUCAACAAGUUUUGCUUCAACGACAGUUCUUCAAUAUUCUCAUCCCUAGGAACCUUAGUCACAUGUGUCACAAACACCGCCCGAGUGUCGCAUUUUAUUUACCAAAAUGGAGACGGGUUUGGAGUUCCAGACCGUGAGACUCGAGACCAAGUCAUCUCUUACUUGAUUGAGCCCACUCCUCUCAAUUAAUUAUUGGAAAAGAAGC